CCCAUCAAAACGACCAUCACCGUCGGUCUCCCAAUAAUUUCAUUCGACACGCCAAAAAAACAUCAUGAAGGUAGUCUGCAAUUGGUCGAUGGUGAUGGUUUUAUCGAUGAUGUUAGCUCUCAUCGUUUUCACCGUCGAUGUAGAUGCAAAGAGAGGCUGUAAAAGCUACGGUCAUUCAUGUUACGGCGGUGUCGGUAAGCGAAAUUCCGAUGAAAUUAACGAGGAGGUCUUAGAUGAUGUCCAAAUCGAUGAAAAUCCGGAAUUCGUCUUAACCGCAAGCAAUUUAUCACCACUUUUUAGGCAAUGGUUAAGAGUGUUUAGAAAUUUAAGGGAAUUACAAGCUAAUUUAAGAAAAUGAAAUAAAUAAGUAUUAAUAAAAAUUAUUGCAAUAUUAAUAAAUAAUGUCAAUUUGUG